AUGUGGAAUUGCCGUCGGGCCGGCAGCGCUACCGCGGGUACAAACCGGAGUCCUCGGUUCCCGACCCCGCGCCGGUGCCUGGGGUGUAACCGGUCCCUCCAGCAGCGCCGGGCAGGCUCCGGCCUCCAACCUUCAUUCAACACCCGCACCUUGGCGCCCGUAAACGCACGCGCCGCUGCGGGGCCUCGGGAAAGGCUCACUACUCCAGAGGUCUGCAAGGAAAUCGAGAGCCAUCGCCUCGCUCCUCUCCGGGCCCGGCGACGGCGGGUGCGGCAGGACCCGAGCUGCUUCCUGCAGCUGUGCCGGCGGCUCGGCUGCGCCCCCGACAUCUGGGCGCUGCAGGAGUGGAGCAACUGGCUGACCCCCGUCGGCAGAGCCGGCGGCCGGCGCUACGACACCGCCUUCUACCUGUGCUGCCUGCAGCAGCGGCCGCCCCACGCCUCGCAGGACGACCAGGAGGUGACAGCUCUCCUGUGGUCAUCGCCUCCAGAAGCCAUUGAACGCUUUAAAUCUCAAGAACUAUGGUUUGCUCCACCUCAGUUCUAUGAGCUGUGUCGGCUGUGCAACUUCUCGUCGCUCCGCGAGUUACACCAGUUCAGCUCUGACCGGGCUCUGGAGGGAUGUGAACGUUGGAUGCCCGUGAUGUUAACUGCUUCCGAUGGCUACAUUCAGCUCCUGCCAGGAGAUGAGUUAUAUCCAGAAGAUCCAGAUUAUACAGGAGAAAAAAAAGUAAUCAUGUCAACAGAUAAGAAAGUUGAAGAUCUCAUGAAAGAGGGUAGUGUAUUUCACAGGAUAGUAAUAAAAAACAUCAACAAUCUUGCUGUCUAUGUUAAUAUUCAAGCAAAAUAUAAACAUAAGAAUCCAGUGAUGAUAGAGUCUCGUUGUUCAAAUCACAAUAGCAGACUGUAAUAUCUGCUUGGUUUAAAGUUAUGGUAUUUUUAAUUACAUACAUAUUCACUGUGGUUUUGUCUUCUCUAACUAUUGCCAAAUUGUCAGGAAAAUACUCCUUUGUCCUACCAAAGCUUUUUGUGUAUGGGGUUUGAGAUUUGUGUUGAUUCACUGAGUCUUUGAAACAGCACAGUUGUGCCACUUACGAUCUUUAGAGACUACUGAAAAUGUAACAUAACCAUCAACCUGAUUAUUAAAUUCAAUGUGAUUUGAUGGUAAUUAUACUGAGGCAUUACCACCUUAUUCUACUUACUAAUUGCAGAAUAUGCAGCAACACUGAUCUGUUGAAACACGCAGGUCCUUUUCUCACUGAAAAUUUAAGUAUAUAUUAUGUUCAGGACAAGUAUGUUUUGAGUUGAAGAAUUCUUUUACUAUGCUUCCCAAAGUUAUCCAUUAGACUACUGUAAUUUGUGCUUUGGAAAGAAUCUCAUUCCAUAUCUGCUGACAUCUCCCAGUCUAUUCUUUCAUUUUUGGGAAAACCAGUGUAUAUGUGUAGAGAGAGAUUUAUUAGCUAAAGCUCACCUUUAAAAAAUAAUUAUAAAAUUAAUGUUUAUAUUCAAUAGACUUAAAUUAUUUCUACUCAUGAUAAUGUACACAAAACUUUACAAUCACCAAAGGUAAAGAUUAUUUAGAGAAACUAAGUCAUCUAUCAGAUUGAGUGUAUUCUCAACAUUCUUUUUAUUCAUGAUAAUUUUUACUCUUUAAGUUGUUAGCACUUUAAAAAAAAAUACAAACCCAAAUUGUUUAGUUCCAAAAAGAUACCAACAACUUCAGGGAAUUAGGCACUACCUUGGAAACACCCACUUCCAUAUUUCAACAUCCCACAUUUUGCUUCUCAACUACUUUACUAAAUAUCUGAGAUUUAAGAACUUCAGAGGAAGGAUUGCCGCUCAGUUUUUGGUUUCGGAUUUUUGGUUGGUUGGUUUUGUCUUUUUUGUGCAAUAAAUGGAGUAAAUGGAGCACUGAUGUAAAUUCUUUAUCUGGAAGAAGAAUGAAUGAUGAGUUGAAAUUAGCCAGUAAAGUUGUUCAGAAAGUUUUGUUUCAGCUUUUGUUCUGUAUUUCAAUUAAAAUCUGCAUUAUUUUCAUUAAAUUGAA